ACACAGCAGCGGUCAUAUGAUGUCCUGGUUCUUUUUAAAGGAAGUUACUGCAACAAGCGAGCCUCGCCUUUCUCUUCAUCUACGGAGUGGGGUCGUGUAGUUUGCUGGGGUUUUUUCUUUGCUCAGAAUCAGCGAGGUUACGUGAUGUUUAGCGGCGGUCUGCUGCUGGUGUGUUUGCUGGCCGUGUUUCCGCUCGGCUCGCGGGCUCAGUAUGCUCCUGAUGAGGUGACUAACCUGCCAGGUAUGUCGUUCAAACCCAACUACCGCCAGUGGUCGGGGUACCUGCAGGCGCGGCCGGGCAAGUUUCUACAUUAUUGGUUUGUGACCUCUCAGCGGGACCCAGUCAAAGACCCGCUGGUGCUCUGGCUGAAUGGAGGCCCAGGCUGCAGCUCACUGGAUGGAUUCCUGUCAGAGAACGGACCCUUUCACGUAAAUGAUAACGGAGCUACACUGUAUGAGAACAAUUUCAGCUGGAACAAGAUUGCCAAUGUGCUGUAUCUAGAAUCUCCUGCAGGAGUUGGUUAUUCCUUCUCCGAUGACAAAAAUUAUGCCACCGAUGAUGACCAGGUUGCUGAGGAUAAUUACAGAGCCUUGCAGAGUUUCUUUGUCAAAUUCCCAAACUUCACUCAGAAUGAGUUCUUCAUAUUUGGGGAAAGUUAUGGGGGAAUUUACGCACCAACCCUCAGCCUGAACGUGGCAACAGGCCCCGCAAAAAUCAACUUCAAGGGCUUUGCAGUGGGAAAUGGUAUCAGCAGCUUCGCUCUCAAUGACCAAAGUUUGAUCUACUUCGGUUACUAUCACGGCCUCUUUGGAGAAGACUUAUGGCAUGAUCUGAACACGAACUGCUGUGAGAAGGGGAAGUGUAAUUUCUACGACCCCAGUUCAGAGGACUGCAAGAUAGUGGUGCGUGAGGCCUUUAAUAUCGUGUAUGAGAGCGGACUUAACGAGUAUGCACUUUACUUGGAUUGUGAGGGUCGCAGAAGUUCCUACAAAAGCUAUGAGAUGACCAUGAAUCAUCUGUUUCAGAAGCACAGGAAACAGCCACACGCCUACAAGUUCUUAGGUCAAGUGCCUGCCUCGUCCUCUGUGAUGCUGGGUGAAGUCCCUCCCUGCAUCAACAGUACAGCUCAGGCAAACUGGCUGAACAGAGGCGACGUGAGGAAAGCUUUACACAUUCCAGAUUUUCUGCCCGCAUGGGACAUCUGCAGUGACAUUGUUGGAGGGAAUUACACCACCCUCUACCCAACAGUGAAGGACGUUUAUCUGAAGCUGCUCUCUCGGGGCCUUCGAGCACUCGUCUACAACGGAGACACCGACAUGGCCUGCAACUUCCUGGGGGACCAAUGGUUUGUGGAGGACCUCGGCCUGAAGUCAACUACCAAGUACCAGACCUGGAUUCAUGAGGACCAGAUUGCUGGUUUCUACCAACGGUUUGGAAACAUCACUUUCCUGACAGUCAAGGGUGCGGGUCACAUGGUUCCACAGUGGGCUCCUGGUCCAGCUUUCCACAUGUUCCAGUCAUUCAUAACAAAUGGCUCCUACUGAGCGACGAUGGAGACUGCUCUCUGUGUUAUACCUGCACUUAUCACUUGUUUGGAUGAUACAUUUUUCUCAGGGAAGAUGAAUUUGAAGGGAAAAGGACUGUUAUAGCACUUAUCCUUGUAUUGUUCCCACAGUACCUGUAAUGCAGUGAGUUGCUUUUUUUUUUUUUUUUUUUUGGGACACAUUAUUUGUUGUGUUGUCUUUGUUCUCCAUCACAAUGGACUUGAAACAAAAACACCAACUUUGAGCUUUGAUUGUGUUUACAUCCAUAUUAGCCGAACAGUGUAGGAAGUGUUGUCUCCUUUUUAUACAGUUUUCCAAUGUGACAAGACCACAAAUAACUGGGCAUAUUAAUAAAUUUAAUUAAAAUACCCAUAUUUAAUCAGUCAAUUAGUCAAGACCAGGCCACUGUUUGGCGUUUUUUAAAAACUCCAUUGUCCAAAAACUGGGAAAUUAAUAUUAUAUAAAAGGGGCUAAUAAGACAUCCUACAUGUUCACCCAAUAUGGAAGUGAACACUGUCCUUAAAAGGUCAACACUUUGACCUCACUGUUAAUUCCUUGUCAAGAAUACAAACACAAAAUGGAAAGUGUCCUUGUCCAAAUACUUCAACUGCACUGUACAUGAUCACAAACUGUUUCCUGUGGCACCAACGUGAAGCUGAAUCUUUGGUGUUUGCUGUUUUCAUUUAACUUUUCAGUGAAAAGAAGUGAUACAAGGUGAUUGGACUGAACUUAAUGAUGAUGCUUGUUCAAAACUGUAAUCUUGCUUGCAUUUCUCUUUUUAUUAAAUGUUUCAUUGAUCUGUCA